AGUUUUUAUAUCCGCAGGCUCGCUAGUCGUUUCAUUGCCUUUGCGUUUCGAAGGCAUCUCGAGUCCGCCACCUCUAGUAAUCGGGCAUCUUUGAACCGACGUCGUUGUAAUCGUUUUAUUUACUAAAAAUUUUGCAGGGUCGUUUCUCUCCUGAAUAAGCAGAGAAGAGUUGAAUGGCGCCCCACGAUGUUCGCCGGCCGUUCAAAAGACCGGCAAUCUCCGAUCAACAGAGGCGUAGGGAUCUCUCGCUGCUCCGCCAAGCACAGAACCGCCGUGACGCUCAACACCAGGCUCGUUGCUUAGCCUCCUCCGUCCUUUCCCUCCAAACCCAAACCCCUGAACCUGUACCCGAAUUAGAAAUUGAGCUUGUAGAAGAACCUGAAUCCAAACCCGAAGAAGAAUCCGAAUCUCUAAAGAAAGACCUUGAUGUUUGUCAGGCUUCAAAGCUUAAAGGAGCUGAAGCUCGCAAGUGGUUCGCCUCACAAUUGAUGCUUCCUGAAUGGAUGAUCGACGUUCCUGAUCGCUUGACCCACGACUGGUAUGUAUUGGCAAGGCCGGCUGGAAAAAGGUGUAUUGUGGUUUCCUCAAACGGAACAACAGUUAGUAGGCUGCGGAAUGGCUCUGUUUUGCAUCAUUUCCCAUCUGCUUUGCCUUGUGGGGCAAGAACCCGAGAUCAGUCUGGCUCUUCUCAAUCCUAUUGUAUACUUGACUGCAUUUUUCACGAGUCCGAUCAAACUUAUUACGUCAUUGACAUGGUUUGUUGGCGGGGAUACUCUCUUUAUGAUUGCACUGCUGAGUUCAGGUUUUUUUGGUUGAACUCCAAGCUGGCAGAGACUGGGGCCUCUGAUUCUCCUUCACGUUACCAUAAAUUCAGAUUCAGCCCUGUAGCUGUAUUCAAUUGUGAUCCGAGUGGUCUGUAUGCAGCAUAUACAGGAGUGGUGUCUUAUGUCAAGGAUGGGCUAUUGUUUUAUAACAAGCAUGCUCAUUAUCAAACUGGAAGCACACCUCUAGCAUUAGUCUGGAAGGAUGAACACUGUAGUCAAUAUGUAAUUGACACUGAUGGUAAAGGAGACAUUCCAAGCCAACAACAGGUAGUUUUGGAGCUGCAAGAUGAUGGAAAACUAUCUACAUCAGAUGAUCCUCCUGUCGUCUUUGGCUGCUUAGAUAGGGAUUUCAUACAGAGGUCAGAGCUACAUUUUGGUAGUUUUCUAAAGUUUGCUAUUGGCGAUGGAGGAUUGAGUUUUGUGGAUGGGAAGCUUGAGAAGGCUGAUUUACAUUAUCUUGGCAAGACCAAUCGAGCACGCAUAUUUGCAGAUAGUUACUCUAAGGUUAUAUUUCAGUAUAUGGUACGACAUGUACCCCUAAAAUUUGAUGAUCUGUUAGCUUCGGUUAGUUCAUCAAAUGAUCAAGAAAACAAAACUUCUGAUGUCGAGAUGGUUGGUUGAUGGAGUGCCUGUGACUACUGGUUUUUCACAUAGCUUUGCCCACUAAAGCACACUAAUAUCACUCACUGGAGGAUGGUGGUUUUGCAUGGCUCUCUUGGAUGGUUUAUGACUUCUUUGUAUCUGGCAAAUGAUAGCUAGGAAGUUUUGUAUGAUUCCAGUAAGCAGCAGGUGUAUUUAAUUAUUGCCACCCACUGUUGAUUAACUUUUCAACCCUCGGUUUAUAUGUUUGGUCUGUUAUCUUGUUGGGUUUAGUUGUAGGCACCUUUGCUUCGCGGAGAUUGUACCCUUAGCUUAGAAAUAUGAGAUCUGCUUGAUACAAUAUGUAGUACCUUCAUUCCUGCGAUUUACAUCAAUGGGAAAUUAUUUACUUUUUGUUCUUUAA